AUGUCUACCGGUCUCACCGAUCUCCCUCUGGAGAUACGACAGCAAAUCUUUGGCGACUACUUCAGGGUGCCAGGCGGCUAUGUCUACGACGGCAAGUCAGACAAGCUCAGGAACGCUGACAACACUCCGAUCGACCUUUCUCUUAUCUACACUUGUCGCUCAAUCGCCAACGACUGCAAACACCUCCCGCUUGCCGUCAACACUCUUCACUUCUCAACACUCUACCGCGAGGACUGGCGCAGUCUAGCUGGUUGCUUUAAUCUUGCAGCCACCUAUUAUAAGGUCCUCCAGCAGGAUCUGGUUCUUCAUCUCGCCCCUCUAAUCACGCCAGAAAUGCACGCUGAACUUGCGACGGAAUUCCCGGGCUUCAAGGCGAAACUGGAGGCCGAACGGGAGUACCACUUUCACGUUUGGCGUACUGGCGAUGGUCCGGACCCUGCAGGGGAGAAUAUGCAGCCUGCUCCAUGCGAGUUUGUACAAGAGUUCUAUCUAAAGGGGGUUACUAUCAUCACAGACGAGUCGCUGUUCGAGUAUCGAGGCUAUGGUGGUGUCCAUCGCUGGAUCCCAACCUAUCCAAUCGACCGUGAUGUAGACAGGAUUGAUUAUGAGUAUCAACGACGGGACUGUGCUUCUUCAGAGAUUGAUCGAUGCUUGACGCGUUGCCUGCGACUGAUCGCCGAUCAAAAUCCUACAAAAUUCAACAAUCGUGUACAUGCGUCCCUGCCACACUGGGUUAACAAGUAUCCAGCAGAAGAAUUCUUCAAUCUCCGGUUUGAUGAUUGGGCUAUUCCAACACGAUCACAGGUCGAGCACGCCAUACGCCUUCUCGGAAUACCCGAUUUCGUAUGGAAACUCCCCGAUAUGUGGCAGUACAGCAUUGACUUCCACGAUGCUGUUGGUGGCAACCCUUCACCAGGCCACUUUUCUGAACAGUACGACCAUCCCACCCUCGACUUUACAUUUCGUCUGCGCGAAAAGAUCAGAUUCUCUGCUGUCGCCGUCGCUAUUCGAUUUCUCAACUUCUUACUUUCCCAUCAACGUACUCAAAUUCGUGCGCUGAACCUUCAUGAGGACUUGCCAUCGGUAAACAGGCCUGCUGUUCAUGGCCAUGGGCUGGUCCCUUUGCUGCAAGAGAACCCUUUGCUUCAAGUUCAACGUCAUAUCAGUAUUGUCGAUUGCAUUAUGCGCCCUUGUAACGAUAUCUUGGACGUUGACGAACUGUUCACGACGGGGGACAGAAAUCUUGGUAUCAUCUAUGACGAGGAAUUCGCCCAAGAGCUGUCUGUUUGGCUUCUUGACUCUCUAGUGGUGGCUGAUUCGGGCAUUUCCGCCGAAUGGUACAGUCUAGUUGUCGAGUCUGGCUCUUGCACUGACCAUUGCACAGAGGCUUUCGACAGGAUAGUCCACGACAAGAUUGCUGUGCAUCACGCUUGGAACCAAUAUUUGGAGAGCGGCCUAUUAACAGAUCUUUCGGCUGGACAAGUGAAAGGGUUGUCACGGAAAUUCUAUCUAGAACAAGGUUUCGAAGACGCUAUUAUGCAUUUGGUGCAUCAGACUUCAAAUGUCUUGCGAUGCAACUUUAGCCCAGGGUUGCCCAGGGACCCUCAAAGGAUAGUGGACGGGAUGAAAGGCCACCAUGACGGCGCAUGGGAUUACUGGACCUAUUGUCACUGGCAGGAUCCAGACGAAGAGCCGCUUCGUCUUCCCGGUCAUCUAAAAGAUAGAGAGGCGGUGGCUCGGCUGGCUGAUAUCCAAUCACAAGAAGAAUAUCUUCAGUCGCAAAGAUAA